AACUUUUUGCAGAAGAAGCGCGCGCGCCUGGGAGUGCUUGGGGUCCGGCGCUUGCGGCGGCUGCCAGGAGUGAGAGAGCGAGAAAUCAAGCGAGUGAGAGAGAGAGAGAGCGCGGGUCCCGGGCCGCCGCCGCCUCCUCUCCGGUCGCCGCCGCAGCCGCCGCCGCAGCAGGGAACGGGGCCGGGGGGGAGGGGGGCAGCCGCGGACGCGCGCGGCCAAGGACUUUGCAACUUGCCGGAGAAGGUGGAGGGGCGGGAGGGGGAGGGGCGCCCGCGCAGGAGACCAAGCGCCCAGCCCCGCCGCGGACCAUGGUGCAGCAGGCCGAGAGCUCGGAAGCCGAGAGCAACCUGCCCCGGGACGCGCUGGACACCGAGGAGGGCGAGUUCAUGGCGUGCAGCCCGGUGGCCCUGGAUGAGAGCGACCCGGACUGGUGCAAGACGGCGUCCGGCCACAUCAAACGGCCCAUGAACGCCUUCAUGGUGUGGUCCAAGAUCGAGCGCAGGAAGAUCAUGGAGCAGUCGCCGGACAUGCACAACGCCGAGAUCUCCAAGAGGCUGGGCAAGCGCUGGAAGAUGCUGAAGGACAGCGAGAAGAUCCCGUUCAUCAGGGAGGCGGAGCGCCUGCGCCUCAAGCACAUGGCUGAUUAUCCCGACUACAAGUACCGGCCGCGCAAAAAGCCCAAGACGGAUCCAGCGGCCAAACCCAGCGCGGGCCAGAGCCCCGACAAGAGCGCGGCGGGCGCCAAGGCAGCCAAGGGCCCCGGCAAGAAGUGCGCCAAGCUCAAGGCGCCUGCGGGCAAGGCGGGCGCGGGCAAGGCGGCGCAGCCCGGGGACUGCGGCGCGGGCAAGGCAGCCAAGUGCGUCUUCCUGGACGACGACGAUGAAGAAGACGACGAGGAUGACGAGCUGCAGCUACGGCCCAAGCCGGACGCUGACGACGACGACGACGAGCCCGCGCACUCGCACCUGCUGCCGCCGCCGACGCAGCAGCAGCCCCCUCAGCUGCUGAGGCGCUACAGCGUGGCCAAGGUCCCCGCCAGCCCCACGCUCAGCAGUGCCGCCGAGUCCCCCGAGGGCGCGAGCCUGUACGACGAAGUGCGCGCGGGCGGCCGGCUCUACUACAGCUUCAAGAACAUCACCAAGCAGCAGCCUCCGCCCGCGCCUCCCACGCUGUCGCCCGCGUCCUCCCGCUGCGUGUCCACCUCCUCAUCCAGCGGCAGCAGCAGCGGCAGCGGCGCCGAGGAUGCAGACGACCUCAUGUUCGACCUGAGCUUGAAUUUCUCCCAGGGCGCGCACAGCGCCUGCGAGCAGCCACUGGGCGCGGGAGCGGCGGGGAACCUGUCCCUGUCGCUGGUGGAUAAGGACCUGGAUUCCUUCAGCGAGGGCAGCCUGGGUUCCCACUUCGAGUUCCCCGACUACUGCACGCCGGAGCUGAGCGAGAUGAUCGCGGGGGACUGGCUGGAGGCGAACUUCUCCGACCUGGUGUUCACGUAUUGAGGGGCGCAGGGCUCCUCGGGAGGCAGUCGUGGCGGUCAGGAUAAAGAGGAUGGUGGGGGGAGGGGGAGAAGAUGCUCAUGGUCAGAGAGAUGUGGCGCUGAGAAAUUGGAAACGGUGAUGAAAUGUUGUUGGAGUUAAAGUGAAAUGAGUAGUUUUAAACAGAUUUUCCAGGUUUUUUUUUUUAAUUUUUAUUUUUAAAAAUUUUUUGGUCUCCCCACUCUUCCCGUCCUUUAUCGUGUCUCAAGGUAGUUGCACACCUAGUCUGGAGUUGUGAUUUUCCCCACCCGUAAAAAAAACGUGUUUUGUAAUUUCUAUUUCUUUUUCCUGAAAUUCGUGAUUGCAACAAAGGCAGAGGGGACCGGGCGGGGGAGGGGAGGAGGCCCCGCUCCGGAAGGCGCUGUUUGAAGCUUGUGGCUCUUUGAAGUCUGAAAGACAUCGGCAGAGGACCCUUUAGACGGCACAACUGUUACUCUAGGGAGUUGAUAUUUUUUUUUCUUAAGAGAUUUUAAAAGGAACUGGUGAUUUACAAAAAGAAAAACACAAAAAGGGACCAUUGCAACCUUUUUAUUUUCUUUUCUUUUUUGGAGGGAGAAAGCUGAUGUCUUCUAUGCAUCCGAUUUCUUAAACUGCAGGGAGCUUGAAAAAAUGCAGUCUGUACAAACGCUUACAAAAAUCAUAACUGUGAACUGACUUAAGACCAGAGUUUACUUUUCAGAUCAAAUUGUUUAUGGUUUUACAAAUGUGAUUUCUACUUGGCAACCUUUUUUUGGUAACUCGUUCCCUUAUACCUCCUUGAUUGAAUACCUUACAGCCUAGACCUCAGUACAAAAAGGUAUUGAAACAUUUUUGAUACAUAACAGACCUCAAUCUUUUUUAAAAAUUAAUAUAUUUUCAGGCGUAUUUUUGUACAGUGAAAAGGGAACAAUCUUGCUGUGUUUUUUCAGUAAGACUUUCAGGCACUUCUUCCCUUUUGAUUUCUUUUUCUUUUUUUCUCUUCUUGUUUUUGUUUUUCUUUUUUGUUUGUUUUUUUAGCAUGCAAAUAUGUUGGUACGUUAUGUCCUGGUUUAAAAGGAUUAAAAAUUUAAAAGUAAUCCUUGCAUCUAAAGGCCUUGUGGUUUAAAAAAAAAAAAGCAAACUUUUUUUGUACAGCUAUAGUAGAGAUUUGUUCAAUAUUUGUAGGUAAAGAUUUAUUGAAAAUGGUGACCUAGACCUCAGAGCUGUUCUUAGUUUAAGACUGUAUGUACUGUAUCAUAGUAGGACCUAUGUAUCUCAUCGCUGUGAUGUGUGGACGGGGCCCCAGACGGAAGGUUUGAAACUGGAUACGCGAUUUUUAUCAAAAAGAAAAAGGAAAGGCACAUAGUUUAAAAUUUUCUCAUUUUGUGCAAUAUAAUCUAAAUAAACAGACCAUUGCAUAUUUAGUAGCAAAUGGUGGCGAAGCAGACUAAAUGCACUGUCGAAGUCACCGCCGAGGUUUUUGGUUUUUUUGUGUGUGCUGAAGUCUGUGUCUUGAUUUUAAUAAAUCAGCAGGAUC